AUGUGUCCCCUUCCGAGCCAGACCAACUUCAAGCGGCCUUAUCAGCCCGAGAUCAUCACGCCAUCGUCAUCCCCCCAGCCCUCAAAGCGGAGGAAGAGCACCAGCAAGGAGGCCUGGACCAUGACCGAGGACGAUAACCUCCUUCUCAAACUCAAGGAUGAGGAGGGGCUGCCGUGGAAGGCUAUCGCCCAGAGAUUCCGGGAUCUCAGCCGAGGCGAAUUCCGAGUCCCGACUCUCCAGAUGCGAUACAAGCGACUCAAGGAGAAGAUGCGGGUAUGGGAAGUCGAAGAUAUCCAAUACCUCAAGGAAGCGAAGGAACACAUCGAGAAGCAAAAGUGGGAGUUGAUUUCCCAACGGAUGCUCGAGAUUGGCUGCAAGAAGAAGAUCCCCGGUAGCACGUGCGAAAAGAAGUGGAAGGAGAUCUGCCCGCAGCCCAUCAACACGCAGAUGCUGCCCGGCUCCGGCCCCAACUCGGCGAGCACAAACAGCGCCGUUAGCUGCACGAGCGACGGCUUCCCCCAGCCGUGCGAUAUGAAGCGCGAACUCAGCCAGGUCAGCGAGGAGGGGAGCGAGGGAUUUGGAUUGGGUAUCGAUAAGGAGUAG